UUCGCUGGUUCGCGCGGCGAGUGUUUAUUGUUUGUUUUGCCGUGGUCGCUUUUUGUCUACGUUGGAGUUUGAAAAAUAUUGUUUUUGCUUUCGUGUUUUUUGUCAGUAAAAUGUCCGAAGAAAUAUCUGCUCAAAGCACAAGUGGCCCAAAGACUGAAUCGCCGAAAAACCACAAGAGAAAAGACUAUUUGCACUGGGAUGACUACUUCAUGGCCACUUCCUUGCUGUCAGCAAAACGCAGCAAGGAUCCUGUGACCCAAGUGGGUGCCUGCAUAGUUGACUCGCAUAAUCGGAUAGUGGCCAUUGGCUAUAACGGAUUUCCUCGCAACUGCAGCGAUGACGAGUUUCCUUGGUCAAAAUCCAAAAAGAAGUCCGUGGACUACGAUCCGCUGGAGGACAAGAAGAUGUACGUGGUGCAUGCGGAGGCCAAUGCGAUCCUCAAUGGCAACGGCAUGACUUUGGCUGGAACCCGUCUUUAUACGACUCUUUUUCCCUGCAACGAAUGCGCCAAACUUAUUAUACAGGUGGGCAUUGCUCAGGUGCUCUUCUUGUCCGACAAGUAUGCAGAUAAACCCACAUAUAGAGCUUCAAAACGAAUGUUGGAUGCAGUGGGCGUGGCCUACAAACGCCACGUCCCCCGACAGAAAAGUAUCGUAAUUGAUUUUGACAACGUUAUAGAAGAGGAUCCGAACGCAUCGCUGGGCCUAAAUGAACUUCACUUGUGAUGACGAAUUGAUGUACUGUUUUUAAAUUAUUUGUUAGUAUGAUUGUGACAUGUUUUUAAAGAACAUUUAUUUUCUUUCAUUUAGACAAAUUGUAAAAAUGAUUAAAUUAAAAAAAAAGGAAAUGACUUACACAAUAAAACAAUUUUAACUCA